GGAAGGCUGGGGUCGGCGACCGGCGGGUUGUUGCUGGUUGCGUCGUGACUUCGGGUCUGGGUCUCCGCAGAUUUGUUGGAGCAAAGCAUUCGCCUGACACACCCACACUCUACACUCCACACCCCACACAGAAGGGAGUGUGGGUGAGGGGAUUUCUUUUUUAAUUCUCCCUGGAGUCUUAGGAUGGGGGCUGAGGACCGAGGCGUGGGAGUGCGAUUUGACAAUGGAGUGAUGAAGGCCUUCCUUAUAGUUUCCCAUGUCUCAAUGGACUCCUGAAUAUAGCAAGCUCUAUACCUUAAAAGUGGAUAUGAAGAGUGAGAUUACUUCUGAUGCACCAAAGACACAGGAGAGUCUGAAAGGGAUCCUCUUGCACCCAGAGCCCAUUGGGGCAGCCAAAAGUUUUCCUACAGAAGUUGAGAUGAUUAAUAGUAAAGUGGGAAAUGAAUUCUCUCAUUUGUGUGAUGAUUCUCAAAAACAAGAGAAGGACAUGAAUGGUAACCAACAAGAGCAAGAAAAAAGUGUUGUGAGGAAAAAACGCAAAAGCCAGCAGGCUGGCCCUUCCUACAUGCAAAAUUGUGUUAAAGAGAACCAGGGAAUAUUAGGAUUGAGGCAACACCUAGAAGCACCAAGUGAUGAAGACAAUGAUUCCUCUUUCAGCGAUUGUCUUUCUUCUCCUUCAUCUAGUCUGCAUUUUGGAGAUUCUGAUACUGUGACAUCGGAUGAGGAUAAAGGAGUCUCUGUAAGACAUUCCCAGGCAAUUUUGAGUGCUAAAAGUAGAACUCAUAGUGCACGGUCCCAAAAGUGGCCUCCUACUGAGACAGAAUCCGUUUCAGGAUUGUUAAUGAAAAGACCCUGUUUUCAUAGUAGUUCAUUAAGGAGACUUCCAUGCAGAAAGAGAUUUGUAAAAAAUAAUUCCUCACAGAGGACACAGAAACAAAAAGAGAGGAUAUUAAUGCAGAGGAAAAAACGAGAAGUGUUAGCCCGAAGAAAGUAUGCAUUGCUCCCCAGUUCUAGUAGUUCCAGUGAAAAUGACCUCAGCAGCGAAUCCUCUUCGAGCUCAUCAACUGAAGGAGAAGAUUUGUUUGUUUCUACCAGUGAAAACCACCAAAACAAUCCAUCUGUUCCCUCAGGAAGUAUUGAUGAAGAUGUUGUGGUGAUAGAAGCUUCCUCCACUCCCCAGAUCACUGCCAAUGAAGAAAUUAAUGUUACCUCAACUGACAGUGAAGUGGAGAUUGUAACAGUUGGAGAAAGCUAUCGGUCUCGUUCAACCCUUGGACACUCCAGAUCUCAUUGGAGUCAAGGUUCAAGUUCUCAUACAAGUCGACCACAGGAGCCACGGAACCGCAGUAGGAUUUCUACUGUGAUACAGCCCUUGAGGCAGAAUGCAGCAGAAGUUGUGGACCUUACUGUUGAUGAAGAUGAACCUACUGUAAUACCAACCACUUCUGCGAGAAUGGAAUCACAAACCACAAGCGCUUCCACUAACAAUUCCAAUCCAUCUACCUCUGAGCAGGCCUCUGAUACUGCUUCAGCUGUCACUAGUAGCCAACCCUCCACAGUGUCAGAGGCUUCAGCUACUCUUACAAGCAAUAGUAUGAAUGGUACUUUUAUAGGAGAUGACUUGAGGAGAACUGCAUCUAGUGCUGUAACGGAAAAUGGCCCUCCUGCAAUGCCAAGGUUACCUUCCUGCUGUCCCCAGCACUCGCCAUGUGGAGGGUCGUCACAGAAUCACCAUGCAUUAGGACAUCCACACACAAGUUGCUUUCAGCAGCAUGGCCACCAUUUUCAACAUCACCACCACCACCAUCAUACUCCCCACCCAACUGUCCCAGUUUCUCCCUCCUAUAGUGAUCCUACGUGCCCUGUGGAAAGACCUCCACAAGUACCAGCACCUUGUGGAGCAAAUACUAGUUCUGGUACCAGCUACCAUGACCAGCAGGCUUUGCCAGUAGACCUGAGCAGUGGUAUCAGAAGUCAUGGAAGUGCUGGUUUUCACGGAGCAUCUGCAUUUGACCCCUGCUGCCCUGUUUCUUCUUCCCGAGCUGCAAUCUUUGGCCAUCAGGCUGCUGCUGCUGCCGCUGCCGCUGCCGCUGCUGCUGCUGCCGCUGCUGCCGCCGCCCCAAGUCAGCCAUUAUCACUCGAUGGUUAUGGAUCAAGCAUGGUUGCGCAGCCCCAGCCCCAGCCCCCUGCACAAGCCUCCCUCUCAUCAUGUCGACAUUAUAUGCCACCUCCUUAUGCUUCUUUGACAAGACCACUUCAUCAUCAAGCCUCUGCCUGCCCCCACGCUCAUGGAAACCCUCCUCCUCAGACUCAGCCUCCACCUCAAGUGGAUUAUGUUAUUCCUCAUCCUGUACAUGCUUUCCAUUCUCAGAUGUCUUCUCAUGCAACAUCUCACCCGGUGGCAGCCCCACCCCCAACUCAUUUAGCCAGUACAGCUGCACCAAUCCCUCAACAUCUUCCUCCCUCACACCAGCCAAUUUCACACCAUAUUCCAGCCACAGCACCUCCAGCACAGAGACUGCAUCCUCAUGAAGUGAUGCAAAGGAUGGAAGUUCAGAGGAGGAGGAUGAUGCAGCAUCCAACGCGGGCACAUGAACGCCCCCCACCUCACCCACAUAGGAUGCACCCAAACUAUGGUCAUGGGCAUCAUAUUCAUGUGCCUCAGACUAUGUCCUCACAUCCUCGACAGGCUCCAGAGAGAUCCGCCUGGGAACUGGGAAUUGAAGCUGGAGUGACUGCAGCUACUUAUACACCUGGAGCAUUGCAUCCUCACUUGGCCCAUUACCAUGCACCACCUCGACUUCAUCAUUUACAAUUAGGAGCACUUCCUUUAAUGGUUCCUGACAUGGCAGGCUACCCCCACAUCCGUUACAUUUCAUCAGGAUUGGAUGGAACAUCAUUCAGAGGUCCUUUCAGGGGCAAUUUUGAGGAACUGAUUCAUUUGGAAGAAAGAUUAGGAAAUGUCAAUCGUGGAGCAUCCCAGGGAACAAUUGAAAGAUGUACAUAUCCACAUAAAUACAAAAAGGUAACAACUGAUUGGUUCUCACAGAGGAAACUGCACUGCAAACAAGAUGGGGAAGAAGGGACUGAGGAGGACACAGAGGAAAAAUGUACUAUCUGUUUGUCUAUUUUAGAGGAAGGUGAAGAUGUGAGACGCCUUCCCUGUAUGCACCUUUUCCACCAAGUGUGUGUUGACCAAUGGUUGAUUACCAAUAAGAAGUGCCCCAUAUGCAGAGUGGACAUUGAGGCCCAGCUGCCAAGUGAAAGUUGACACCAUGUUUCAGAACUCUUGCCUUCCCUCUCAUUCCCAUUCUCCCGGUACUGCAGUCAACCAAAGAUGGCAUGACUUACCUGCGCAGAUAUGGAAGCCUUGAACUUAGAGUGCUGGCUCUGCUAUAUGGUACAACUAAUGCUAGACCUACAGUUUAUGUAUACAGUUGAUUUUGAUGUAUUUAUAAAAGCUUUUUUUUUCUAGAUUUGACAUUUUUCCUGUAUCAUUUUACUGUAUUUUUGCAUGGUUCCUUGUAUUGCAUUUCUUUGCACAUAUUAUGGGCUUGUGACCCUAAACUUGCAGGCAAGAUUAGCUGCUUUAGGAAGUAGAAUUUUGUGGUCUUUUCGUUUUAUACAUAGUACCAGGUCUUAAGAAUUAUGAAUUUUUUUAUCCAUUACUAACCUUUAAUUUAAUCAAUCAUGUACUUUAGUUUUAUGUAUAAAGAUCCUCUAGAAAAUGAUAAUAUUGUGUAUUAAGACAUUCCUUAAUUAGGACAAAAAUGGCUGCUGUAUAUUUACAAUAUGGAGUUCUGAGUUAAAUACCAUCCUUAAUACUGGGAACAGAAUACAAACCAUAUUCAAUCAGAUGCAGAUGGUGUUCACCUCACCAGUGAUCAAUAGAAAUUUUCUUGGUGUAUCCUUUUUCUUUCAGCACAAUGCAGAGAGUUGAUAUUAUACAUUUAGACUGCUGUUCUGAUUGUAUUUAUCUUUUUCCUACUUCAUUUAGAACUUUAUUUCCCUGGUUCAGUUUUUGCUGCUGUGAAACAGCUCUGAUGAACACUAAAUGUUAAUUUCAAUUAGCUAGAUUGUACAUACUUGCAGAUUUAACAAAAUUUUGGGGAAAUUGAAGAAGACAUGUAGAAUUUUGUUUAGUCUUCUGCUAAGCACGUAUAGUAAAGAUAUCUGCUUACAUUGAUUUUGUAAACACAUUCAGUCAGGAUUUAGAAUUGCAGUCAUUGGCAGGUAUCUAUGCAUUCAUACUAAAGGUCCCAGGAUCACUUUUAAGGGAUUUUUAUUAGUUUAAAGAUAAAUAAAGUUAGCUGAAUCUACAUGUCUCAUGUUUUAUUUCUCUUUAAACUUGAAAACAGUAAAUCUGCAGAUACUGUGAGGCACAAAUUAUACUGUCAACCUACUGUUGCUCUGGUUUUAGACUCCCACUUCAUACAUUACCAAGAGUCGAUCACUGAUUUAAAAUUUUUAAUUUCUAUAGUUAAGAUUUACUGCGUAAUAUAGAAUAUAAAGUUAAGUUAACAUACUAACAUUUCUCCUUUGGAGAAAGUUUUAGUCCACUUCAGGAUGCAUAUUAUCAAGAUACUUUCAUAUACAGGAUAGCCUAAUUUUAUUUGUUUAAAUAUGCUUAAUAUGUCCCAGAUUGCACAUGCAUCAGUCAGUAACAUCACUGUCUGUAUGUGGAAGACAUGUUCCCAUGGAUCAUAUGUGAAGAUGUCAAUAAGCUUGCAUUAAGCCACCUGCUUUGUAAGUGGAUUGAUUAAUAAAUAACUUAUAUUUCUAUUGUCUUUGUGUUUAAUAAUUAGUUUUUAUAAAACAGUUUACAUUAAAAAUCUUGGAAUUCAAAAAUAAUGAUUCCUGAA